UUUAUUGCCUAAACAGUGAGGAGGCAAGAGAGGGAGAGAAGUCUCCAACACAAAAAAAGCAAUUCUCUUUUUCUCCUUCCCAUUCAUUCCUAAUUCCUAUAUAAUCACUUUCCUCUGCUUCUAACUUUCUGGAAUUCACACACUCUGGCUUUUCUUUUCUGCUCAAAAUUCACUGAUCAUCACACAAUCUGAGGGUGUUAUAGGAGGAACUUAAGGUCUGGCAAUGAAGAAGGUUUCCAAGACAAGCUGCAAGUCUGCAUCACACAAGCUCUUUAAGGACAAGGCGAAGAAUCGUGUUGAUGACCUGCAGCUGGUGUUUCUUGAUCUGCAGUUUGCUAGGAAGGAGAGCCGUACGGUUGAUGCUGCAGUUCUUGAGGAACAAGUCCAUCAGAUGCUUCGUGAGUGGAAGAAUGAGCUCAAUGAGCCUUCGCCUGCUUCUUCUUUGCAGCAAGAUGGCAGUCUUGGGUCAUUCUCCACCGAUAUCUGUCGGCUUUUGCAGCUCUGUGAGGAGGAAGAUGAUGCCUCUAGUCCAUUAGCUGCACCUAAGCCUGAGCCUGUUGAUCAGACUCUUCCAGCUGGGAGCAAGGUCAUAUUCCAAGGGGGCCAACAGCAACAUGAUUUUCCAUUGGUUAAUGAAUGCAAGCACUCAACCUCAAGAGCUCAAAAUAUGGCAGCUAACAAGCCAGAUGGACCUGCUUUAGAAUAUCAUCAGUUUGAUUUGCAUCAGGACUUUGAUCACAGCUUUUAUACUGGAUUUAAUGGCUCAGGUUAUUGUGAGGAGGAUGCUAUUCCUCAUAUAUCUAGCUAUCUACCCAGUAUCUGCCCUCCACCUUCUGCUUUCUUAGGCCCAAAAUGUGCACUUUGGGACUGUCCAAGACCUGCACAAGGGUUGGACUGGUGUCAAGAUUAUUGCAGUAGCUAUCAUGCUGCUCUAGCUUUGAAUGAAGGUCCACCAGGUAUGGCCCCAGUUCUACGACCUGGGGGCAUUGGUUUGAAGGAUAAUCUACUUUUUUCUGCUCUUAGUGCAAAGGCACAAGGAAAAGAUGUCGGCAUCCCAGAAUGUGAGGGAGCAGCAACUGCAAAGUCUCCAUGGAAUGCCCCUGAACUCUUUGAUCUUUCUGUUCUUGAGGGUGAGACUAUCAGGGAGUGGCUCUUCUUCGAUAAGCCUCGGCGAGCAUUUGAGAGUGGAAACAGAAAGCAGAGGUCAUUGCCAGAUUACAGUGGACGCGGUUGGCAUGAAUCUAGAAAGCAAGUGAUCAAUGAAUUUGGAGGGCUGAAGAGAUCCUACUAUAUGGAUCCACAACCACUGAACCAUUUCGAGUGGCACCUUUAUGAAUAUGAGAUUAGCAAGUGUGAUUUAUGUGCCUUGUACCGAUUGGAACUGAAGCUCGUUGAGGGAAAGAAGAACUCCAAGGCAAAAUUAACAAACGAUUCAGUUGCUGAUCUGCAGAAGCAGAUGGGAAAGCUCUCCGCCGAGUUUCCGCCAGAUAACAAAAGGCCUGCUAAAGGCAGAGCCAAAAUCAAUGCCAGAGUUGCCAUGGGUGGUGUCUAUUCACACAGAGUGACUCCACUGAACGGAACAUAUGAGUAUGGGUUAGCUUCCCCAUAUGACUACCUUGUUGACAACUUGGGUGACUACUAUGGGACAUGAUCUACCUUUGAGUUAUGGUACAGGAUGCUGCAUUCAACCUCCUUAUAAAUUCUCUGCUGGUUUUUUUCUUUUGGGGCCUUCUACUUUCUCUGAUUUGUUUUGUCCCCCCUCCUAAGUAACAAGAAUCCAAGGUUAUUUUUUGCCCUGGCAAGAUAUUGUGAAUAUCUCAUUCUCACUGGAGUGCAGCACUAGAAGCUGCUGGAUGCUGAACUAACUUAGAACUUGCAGCAAAUUUUGCUGUAUAUUAUUUAUACUAGCCAAUUUGAUGGAUCCUAGAAUCUUACUAGCACCAUUGUUUAGGCUCAAAUUUGCUGUGGUUCAGCUCUGACUCUGUUUUCCAUACCAUGCUAAUUAAUGUAAGUCAUUUACACUAUUUUAUGGUAUUAGCCGCAGGACAUGCCUUCAAAGGUACAUAAUAGUGGCUGUAUAAUAAAAAUGUUUCAGUCCCCUUUUAGCAA